AUGUAGACGUAGCUCUCGACGUCGCACAUCAGCCCGGGAUAGCGAUUCCAGUACCAAGUCCCCCCGAAUCCACCCGCCGCAUCGACCAGGCGGAUGUCCGAUGCGUCGAAGCCGGCCCCGAUCAACCGCGCUGCCAGCACCAAGCCUCCGAACCCGGCGCCGAGAAUGAGGAAUUUGACGUCGUCACCGUCGCUGAGCACGUGCGCUGCGGCGUUGAGAGCGGCGUGGUCGACCCACGGGUCGGUCGCGAGGUAUUUGUACUUGUCCGACGUUGAGAGCUGGACGAAUUGGGAUGUGCCAUCCGGACGCAGGCGUUUGUCGCGCUCCUGAGCGUACCGCUCCGCAACUUCGGGAUUGGGAAGAGAGUUCAUUUAUACUUCUAACGAGACUCGAGUGCGUCUUUAUACUGGUGUUUCCGGCGAGUCGACACAAUUCACGCGGGUGCGAUUGACGCAGCGAGCGGCUAAGCUCCAUGCUCGACGCGAUGCUCGCCGUUUAUGCUUAUACUGUCGUGUGUGGACCUGGUGGUGUCGCGAGAUGAGUUCAAGCGAGUUCAAGCUGACAGAAUUUCAAAUCAACCGAGGCUCGUGGGCCAUACCUUUGGCUCGGGGCGGCUCCAGGUCAGUACGGAAUAUGUGCUAUAAAUUCCAAACGAAACUGGGUUCUCUCACAUGAAACAAAUACACGUGAUUGGAAGGCCGUCACGGCAAGAAGCGGCGGUCAUCCGCCGUUUCAUCCUGUCACCCUGUCUGCUGGAGCAAUUUCGUCGACCCAGCUCAAACGCGCCGACUCAUCUGAGCACUGAGAAUCAUUAUCGGUCCCGGGGCACCCUCAGAAUGUACUGCUGGUGCUAUUACUCUGGGUAUCAUGCUCGCACUGGCAGGCGUUGGGCCGGGGCAUUCAGCCGGGGCUGUACGGCAGAUCGGUCGGGCAAAUGGUGCGGGUGUUUGAGCGGGUUGACAGCAAUGCGAAUGUCGGCGUGGGGCUCGGAGCACAGCCUAAUAGCCAUCCGCGUGUUGAAGCAUUUCGGGGUCCAGGAGAGGAGAAUACGAAAGGUGUGCUCCUCCAUGCGGUGUGUUGCAUGUCCGCGUGCGUGCGAAGACCGGAGACUCGCGUGCUCAAGUCGUAGCCUUCAAUUAUGUGACUGGGGAGGGAAGCGGCGGGAACUCAGCACUAAGCGGAGAAAAUGGAGAACAAGUGGACCUCAGUGUUCGCCCUAUAGGCCCUAAAUGCACCUCCGGAGGGCUAUAGGCCUUAUUUAAGGCAUAGGCAUAUAAUUAUAGGCCUUGUUAUAGGCCAUAAAAUGUGCACGUGAUCAAAACAUGUGCCCAAUCAAUACCAAAAUGGGGCAUUGUAUACAAGAUUAACUAGAGCUGGAACUCAUCUGGAAAGUCAAUUUCAAUGGCACCGUCAUCAGAAAUGGCAUCUCCCACUUCAUGGGGAUGUGUUAAUUUAAUGAAUUGAUCUAUGAUGUCACCAAUAAUCACAUGCUUGGACCUCACAUGGCCUAUAAUAGGCCUAUAGGAUGCUCCGAGUGCCCUACAGGUUUUAAACCUAUAGGCAAACAGUGGCAGUGGUUGCUAGUGUGUCACUUGAACUAUACUCACAAAGAAUUGAAGUGCAACAAGCUUGAUCCAACAGAGUCCUGCAGCCCUCUCUUAAGUGUCUGUUUGCC